AAAAAAAAAUGAAAGCAAUGAAGCCACCCCCCAUUCAUCAUACUUGUUAGUCAAAACUCAAAACCCAUUGAGAUGCUUUGCUGUCUCCUCUCUCUCUCUCUCUCUUCUGUCACUUCAUAAUUGGAAGAACAACACACACACAGUGCAAAGAAGACCAAUCCUCACACUCUCUCUCUCCAUGUUCUUCUGAAUCAUCAAUUUCAUCGUCAUCAUCAUCACUCCAUGGAACUUGUUCCAUACUCCGACCCAUCAACCUCCACCACCCCAGCAUGGCAGGACAUGUUCCGAUCCGCCUCCACCCGCCACCCCUCCUCCCACGCGCCUCCCUCCCAACCCCACGCGCCGCCGAAUCCGCCCUCCGGCAAUGACCCAGAUGGAAAAAACACAUUUUCCGGCGACCCACAAGUGCGCCUAGCCCUUUACAUAGCCAUGGCCCACGCGGGUCUGGCCUUCGCCAUUUUCAUCCUUUACACCUUCUCGAAGCUUCUGGAACAGUACCUGAGACCCCUCCAAUGGGCCAUACUGUGUUCCAUCCCUCUCAGAGGCAUUCAGCAGACCCUAGUUUCGUUUUGGUCCGAACCCCUCCAUCUGGGUCUCACCGAAACCCUCCUCGCUGUUCCCGUUGCUGUGUUUAGGGUUUUCGUUGGCACACUCGUUGAGCUUCGUGAGGCUUCCUUCAGAGUCCUUUUGAGAAGACCAAAGCCUCAGCAGACUCACCCUUCAAGGAAAAGAAGUGGGUUUUCCAAGUUGCUUCGUUUGCUUGUGUCGUUUGGGGUUUUCAUUAUUGCUUAUGAGAGGCUUGGUGGGUUUGGAGCACUGUCACUUUUGGGGUUAGGGUUUAUGUUUAGUUCGAGCAAUGUUGAUUCCACUAUGCACACUUUGUCUUCCUUCAGGAGCAUUAGCUUCAGGCGUAGUAAAAUUAGUGCCUUUUUCACUAGGGGGAUAUUGAGGAGGUUGAAGAUUAUUGUGGCGGUUGGGCUUAUUGUUGGCAUGAUUGUGGGGUUUUUGAGUGGGGUGAUUUUCUUCUCUUAUAAGAUUGGGGUUGAGGGAAAGGAUGCUGUGAUAUCAUUGAAGCUGCAUGUGGAGGAGAGCAAUUAUGCUGAGAGGAUUGGUGUGAAGAAAUGGAUGGAUGAGAAUGAUGUUGCUGGGAUGGUGGAUAGUUACACUACUAAGAUAUAUGAGACUGUGUCUGAUCAGAUAGAUGGCUUGGCUGUGCAGUAUAACAUGACUGAAUUUGUCACUGGCAUUAAGCAUUUCGUGAUAUCUGGCUCCGGCAACUCUUCAGCGCCUUCCAAGGCCAUGAUGACUCCCUCUCCUUAUGCGGAUAAGUUCUUGAGCUUGAAGAACCGGGUUAAGAACCGCGAAUGGAACCAGAUUUACACAGAGGUUGAUUCGCUUUUGCGGGAGCAUGUGAUCACUCGUGAGGAUUUGGUUGAGAAGGCCAAAGGUUUUGCCUUCAAAGGAGUCGAUGUGUUUCAGCAGAUUUUUGCUAGUAGUAGAACUGUUCUUGGAGGCAGUACUAAGUUUGUGUUCUCCAUUGCGAAUUCCAUAAUCUCAGGAGCUGCAGAGGUUUUCAAUUUUGUGUCUCAGACGAUGGUGUUCAUUUGGGUUUUGUAUUACCUCAUCACAUCGGAGUCUGGUGGAGUGACAGAGCAAGUGAUGUACAUGCUCCCAAUUUCAAACUCCACCAGGAUCAGAUGUGUUGAGGUUUUGGACAAAGCUAUUUCAGGAGUACUUUUGGCCACUGCUGAGGUUGCAUUUUUCCAAGGGUGUCUUACUUGGCUUUUGUUUAGGUUGAACAAAAUACACUUCUUGUACAUGUCAACUGUGCUUGCCUUUAUUAGUCCUUUGUUGCCAAUAUUUCCAUCUUGGCUUGCAACAAUUCCAGCAGCAGUGCAACUAGUGCUGGAAGGAAGAUACAUAAUUGCCAUUUUCUUGUCUAUUAUUCACCUUUUUCUCAUGGACUAUGGUGCAUCGGAGAUUCUAGAAGAUGUGCCUGGGAAUAGUGCCUAUCUCACUGGGCUCAGCAUCAUUGGGGGAAUGACAUUGUUCCCAUCUGCUCUGGAGGGAGCUAUCAUGGGACCAUUAAUAACUACUGUCAUGAUUGCACUGAAAGAUUUGUAUGCUGAAUUUCUUUUGCAAGAACCUAAGGACAACGACAAGCAGAAAGCCAGCUAGCUUAGUUUCUACAUCUGUCUAUAAAAAGUAUUUGUUUGCAGUUGAACUGCAUGCUCGUUGCCAUUGUUGAUGAAGCUUUGCCUUUAGAUUUUUGAGUCGCUCAUAGUCACAAAUUUUCAAUUAUAUCUGUAUCAUUAGAUGUCAAAAGUAGGACCCUUUUUUUUUUUUUUUUUUUGAGUCAUUUUAUUAAUUUUAGGGGUCAUCAAAUAUUUUCACUUGGUGGCAGUGUUUGUCAAUUGUACACAAUUUGUAUUUGUAUUUUAUUCUGUAUCAAAUUUCCUUAUUCUUUGUACCAAAGGAAAAAGUCUCAUGAAAGCUUUUCCAGAAAUAUAGUAGCACCUUCAAUAUUCGUGGAUUUGGUCAUGAAGAUGAGUUUCACUAGCAUCAUUAUUUGUAUCUAUUAUGUGCAUUACUUAGCAACUAUGGAGUGUACUGGAGAUAAAUGGAACAGAAAAUUCACUCGA